AUGACGGCGGAAACUGGACAAUCCUCUGGUUCGAAACCUUCCGAUGACGCAUGGGCCAAACUCGUUCCCUUGGACACAAGAUUCUCAGACAUCGAGAUUAGGUGCAGUGAUAUGGUAAUAUGUUCGGAGAUCAAACAAUCUUCAUCAGAAAGACAUGAAUGGUGCAGAAUCACAAAGAAUUUGGGUCAAGGCUCUGCCACUAUACAUAACAAGAGUUCGGAUGCUAUACUUGUUGAUGAGGCUAUCAUCCCGAAAGAUGGUUCUGUCGAUAUCUUGUGUGGAUCUGAAAUUGUUCCUGGCCCUGAAGGACAAGGUUACUUGCACUACAGAUUUACGGUUAUGCCUGCUCCAGAAUCCAGUACCCAGCUAUUAAAGAUUUCCAUAGAUCCUGAGAAUGCAAAAUGCAGUAUCUGUUUAAACGUAUGGCAUGAUGUUGUCACAGCUGCACCUUGCCUUCAUAAUUUCUGUAAUGGCUGCUUUUCAGAAUGGAUGCGGAGAUCAGAGGCAAAACAUCAACAUGUGCUAUGUCCACAGUGCAGAACAACUGUACAAUAUGUGGGGAGAAAUCAUUUUCUGCAAAACAUACAAGAGGAUAUAUUAAAAGCGGAUACCGCACUGAGGCGGCCAGCUGAAGAUAUCGCAGUGUUAGACUCCUCUGCAUCAAUACGGUCAAAUCUUAUCAUUGGGAGCAAGAGAAAACGUCGCUUGAGUACGCUCUCGCCCACAGUUGAAGAAAGAGAUAGCUUGCCUUUGCGAUGCCCACAAUGUGGCAUGGGAUGUGAUAGGCCGUUUUGUGGUGCGUAUUGGAGUUCAGUAAAUGUUACACAAGGUGAAUCUGCUCCAGUCUGCAGUCGAGAAACUUUCAGACCUAUCUCGGAACGCACGGCUACAAGUAUUCCAUUCAUAACCCAUGAAAUGAAUCGCCAUGAACAAGAUAUAACACAAAGAUGCAUUGUCCAGAUGGGGAAAACUGUGCAGGAUGUUGCAGCAGAGUGGGUCAGGCGUUUCAACGAUAGAGAAAUUGACCGCUCUCGAAUGCCUCUUAAUCAUGCUGAGACGAUAACUGCAUCAACACAUGUUUGCAAUGAUUGUUAUGAGAAGCUGGUGGGGUUUCUUUUGUACUGGUUCCGGAUAACACUGCCCAGAGGUAAUUUGCCAGACGAUGCAGCAGCGAGGGAAGAUUGUUGGUACGGAUACGCAUGCAGGACGCAGCACCACAGCGAAGAACAUGCUCGUAAACGUAACCAUGUUUGUCGUCCUAUCAGAGGCAACCAUCACUUUUAA